GGUUUGGGAUUCAGGUGAAGAUCCCGCCGAUCCUACGUUGGGUUCCAGCCAGACCUCGGAUGGUUUUAAAGGUCCCCAAAGGCCCCUCAGCCCAACAGAAUAUAAGCCGCUAAUAGCUGCAGCUCUCCCAAUGAUAAGAAUGGAGUCUCCAACUCCUAAACAGUCUCGUCCUAAGAGUGUUGUUAAUAUUGAUAUGGCUUCACUUGAGACUUCAAGCAGUAAAACUAAUUUACAAAGGAGAAAUAGUGAGAAAGGGAAGGACUAUUCCAUUACAGGGUCCCCAUACUCCAGUGGUAGAUCAGUCACUGAUGAUGUUGUACUAUCCAAAGUGGCUCGUACUCACACCUUCAAGAGACUGAGGACCCCAUCAAGAUGUAGAGGCUGCGAUACUUAUGUGUACUUCCAUGGCUUCGAAUGUGAAAUUUGUGGUUUAUCUUGUCAUAGAAAGUGUUCCUCUACAUUAGCCAUUCGUUGUGAUACUAAGAAAUUGCCUCGUAAGAUGAAUACUUUUGGUGUUGAUUUCCUUGAGCAUCUAAAAGCGACCAAAAGGCACAUACCAAUAAUAGUAACAAAAUGUAUCAAUGAGAUUGAUGAGAGAGGUCUCAAUACUCAAGGACUCUACCGCAUAUCGAGUGCUAAGAGUAAAAUGGAGAAACUCUGUCAGUUGUUUGAAGCUGGUUCUGAGAGGGUUGAUCUCUCCGACCUACCACCUCACCUCAUCAGCUCCUGUCUUAAACUAUACUUCAGACAA